AUGGCGACUGGCACAGCCCGGGAGACUUCCCCGACCACGAGUCCUGCAGCAGAAUUCGCCCCAGGCACAAGCCCCUGCCUCACUCCCAAAUCUGAACCUCAAGCUGCGCCCGGGAUUAUGUCGCCAGCACUGUCCCGGCCACUUUUCCCCGACACCCCGCCCACGUCCGACGAGCGCCGCAGCCAGGGCCCAAACCCCGCGCAGGGUUUUCAAGCUGCGCAAAACUCUACGCAUCAAUCCAAGCCUGAGGAAGAAUUCGCUGUGAAUUCGGCCAUUCCAGAACAUGAUCAGCCAAACCUCGCGCUCGAAGUUGGCGCGGAGUCCGCUCAGAAUGCCGCACAAGAUUCCGCUCGAAUCGCUGACGUAAAGCCUGGCUCAGACCCCUUCCCGGACAUCGAUCCUGGCACCAGUCGCCUCGACUCAAAGCUCGACCCUCACUCUAACCCGGAUUCCUCUUCAAACGGCGGCACCAGUCCCAUCACCCUCAACCCCGCCCGAGAUCCCAGCCCAAACCCCGCGCUAAACCCCGACCAAAAGCCGGCCGCCAGCUGCGCGCUCCCCCCCGUCGAGCAGCUGUUGGAAGACCUGGUGAGCGACCCCCCGAAAUGGAGCGCGCUCAACUGGGCCGUCAACAACGACCGCGGCCUGCUGUACGCGAUGGAGGAGGCGGUCAAGGCGCGCGGCGCGGCCGCGCUGCGCGCGCGCCUCGAGCGCGAGCGCGCGCGGUUGGACGCCGACGCGGUCUGGGCGAUGAACCAGCCACUGCUGUCGCUGGUGCACUUCAUCGUGACCGGGGAGAACGACGUCCACAGGAAGACGGUCCGAGUGAAGGAGCUAAAGAGGAUCAUCUGCGCGAAGAUGGCGCUCGGGGCACCGACCAAGGGGGCCCUGGAGACGAGGGUGCGGGGAGAGACCCCGGUGCCCAGACAACAAAAGAAGGAGGCGAAGAAGGAAGGCAAACCAGAACGCCGGAAGAAGCGGAAAGGAAUGGAAGACGGAGGCAUGGAAGCGCUUGCGACUGCCGCAGAGACCCACACCCAAGGAAUCAAGCGCGUUCGGAAGCCAGCAAAGCGGAGUGGCGGAACGGGACGAGCGGAAGGAGACGGAAACGGAUCGGACGGAAAGACGCUGCAUCAGCUAGUGGCGGAACGGCAGAACCGGAAAAGAGAUGGCAAGUUCUCCGCCGGAAUCCGCCCCGAGGAAGCGGCCUGGGUCCUGGCGGAAGCGGCGAACCAGCGGAACAAGAGCGAAGGCCUCGGCUCGCCGCGGGGCCGGAAGGGGAAGUGUGCGAAUGCGCCCCGCAAUGCUGCGCGCGCGCAGGGGCCUGUUCACAUCGGCGGGGACGGCGAGCAGGAGGCAAUCGAGGCGUUGGUGUACUCGCUGCGCGCGCGGGCGAACAAGCGGGGACGGCGCCACGUGUCAGAUGCUGACGACCGGGAGGGUCUGGAGUCCGAGAGCGCUGGCCAGGGGACCGAAAUGGCCGGGGAAAAGGGGGGGUGUAAGGGGGUGAAGGAGGCAAAGGAACGGUGCAUGUGGGCGAUCAUGGAUCUGCUCGAUGUCCUGCCCCCGGAGCUCGACCUGAACGCCGUUGAAGUCUUCAAGGAGCUGGGCGCCACGAAGGCCUUCGACGACAGCUUGGGUUACCUGGCCUCUAAGGCGCGUGCGCGGGCGCGCAAGGAGUGGGACGCGCUGAAGCGUGCGGCGGAGGACGCGCGCGCGACGGAGCUGGAGGCGAUCGCGAAGCGGCGCGCCGUUGGGGAGCGGCUCGGGAUCGAAGUCGCGGCCGCGCUGCACGCGAAAGACAUGAAGGAGCACAACGCCGUGUACAGCGCCUUCCAGGUGCGGCUUAUUGAUCUGCGGCGAGAGAUGGAGCGCCACGUGGCGCGUCUGGAGAUGCGGGAGGGCGUCGCCAAGCGCGCGUGGCUCGCGUACAACAAUGUCACGACAUCACAGGCCGGCGCGAUUCCUCAACCGUUGACGCUUCCGCCGGGGCAGGAUCGAUAG